AUGUCUGAACCCAUUGAAAUCAAUUCCAGCGAAGUAGCUGUCAAGUUCCUGGACCAAUUUGACAACUUCCUGUUCGAUUGUGACGGUGUGCUGUGGCUCGGGACGCAUUUGCUCCCCCACACGGUCGAGUUCCUGGACUUGCUGAAGGCUCUGGGCAAGAAGGUCUACUACGUGACGAACAACUCGACCAAAUCGAGAAAGGACUACACUAAGAAGUUUGCGUCCUUUGGGAUCAACGUCGAAGAGGAACAAAUCUUUACCUCUGGGUCCGCCUCGGCACUGUACGUGAGGGAUUCCUUGAAACUCGUCCCCGGGAAGGACAAAGUGUGGGUGUUUGGUGAGUCCGGGAUCGGUGCAGAGUUGAACAAGCUCGGAUACGAGGCUCUUGGUGGAGCUGACCCGCUGUUGAACGAACCCUCGACGCGGCUAUCCCGUCCUUGUCAAUGGACUGGAUCCUGCUGUGCGUGCCGUCGUUGCGGGGCUCGACACGAAGGUCAAUUACCACAGACUCGCGGUCACGCUGCAGUACUUGCAACUCGAGGACACCGUUUCGUUUGUUGGGACCAACGUGGACUCCACUUUCCCCCAAAAGGCGCACAUCUUGCCCGGUGCAGGGUCGAUGAUCGAGUCCCUUGCCUGUUCCUCGGUAGAAGACCCGCGUACUGUGGGAAACCGAACAUGAACAUGCUGAACACGAUUGUGAACUCGCAGAGACUCGACAAGACGCGUACCUGCAUGGUGGGCGACCGGUUGAACACGGACGUCCGGUUCGGUGUCGAGGGUGGUCUCGCAGGGACACUCUUGGUCCUCUCCGGCAUUGAGACCGCGGAGCGUGCCCUUGCCGUCACGGAAGAGUACCCUCGCCCUCACUACUACGCCGCCAAGCUCGGCGACAUCUACGAGAUGUAUCAGAAGAGCAAGAAGGCGUGA